ACUUGGACCACGGCAUCAAUCAUAAUGCCGCGUUAGAAAGAGACAAUAGCGAGACGAGAUCGCGGUAUGGUUCAGGAUAGAAGUCGGACGUGAAAAGUGUAUUGGCUGUUAGAAACCAUUGGAGAGUCAGUAUGGAGGGUGACAAGAGUAUAGAGGGAGAUAAGAUUGAGCGAUUGCGGGAGCGGAUUCUCCAAUGUCCAAUCUGCAUUGACGAGUUUCAGGACCCACGGAUCCUGCCCUGUCACCACUCUGUGUGUCUCAACUGUUUGUUGGACUAUGUCCGACAUUCCUCCUCCUCUGGUCGACUUUUCAGGUGUCCACAAUGCAGGAGUGACGUCUGUGUACCUAGAGGAGGGGUUAAAGACUUCCCACCCAAUUUCUACAUCAACUGUAUCCAGGAUGAGAUCGGAGCACGGCCGUAUUUCGGUGUGUGUGAUGUAUGUCGUCGAGACUGGCUAGUUUCACAGUACCGCUGCAUCAACUGUGACCUUGAUAUAUGUAAAUUUUGUAUCCACGACCACCGUCUGUUCAGUCAUGCAAUACAGGAGGAGGCAAACAUCAUGAAGAUCGAGACGGGUAACAUUGGUACG